AUGAACGCCCUGAUCGAGGAGCAGGUCGAGAAUGUUGUCAACCUACGCUUUUCGGCCGACUGUUACCAUCUGGACUAUAGGACGAUGGAUGAGCUGGAGAUCGUCGACAUUGAGGAAGAAGCGUCCCAGCAAAGGGAACGUGCCAACAUCGAGCAAGCACUCGUGUUGAAGACCAAGCUGGAAGCGCUUGAAACCAUCACCUUCGACCUCCAGGACUUCGCCGACUACCUCAAUCUCGGCCGGCUUGACAUGCCGUACGUUGACACCUACCACUACUUGCUCCAGCUGAUCUUCGCCGACUGGUGGACUGUGCUGAAGGUAUUCCUCAAAGGCCUCCAGGCCUUGGCAGAUCGUAGAAUCAGCAUCGUCCUACGGGUCGUCUGGCGGUAUUUGAUCUAUCCUUACACGAGAGAGGACGCUUUGACGGUGAUUCCAGCAGUGCCGCUGGGCAAAGAGGACGAUGUGCUGAAAGUGUGUGCCGCCUUGCUCAAGCCUUUCCAGGAUGGUGUGGAUUAG